AUGGCCGAGGCUUUCAAAGCGCGCUUUGAUGCAGCCUUGGAGGAGCUCAACUUCGGGCAGCGCUGCCACAAGCUGGCCCAGCUCGGAAAGGACAUCAAGGCCGCGCAGCCGGCGAAUGUCCAGGCCAUCCUCGACAGUUUCAUGCCGGAGUCCAAGACAACGGGCCCGGUUGAGGCAUUCGCAGAAAAGGCGAGGCUCAUCGUGGCAAAGACGGCGGGCUGCGCAGGCUAUGCCAAGAAGUUGCUGGACUCGCCCUCCAAGACCGUCGGCUUCUCCGCCGCGACCGAGGGCCUCCUGAAUCUCGAGGAUGCCAGGGCCGCCUUCCUGUCUAGUGACACCAGUCGCAAGAUGAAGAAGUUCCUGCUGAAGUGCGAUGCCCUGAAAUCCGACAAGGAGGUGCUGGAGCAUGCCUUUGAGCUCUUCGGCGCCAAGGACAAGGAGAUGUUUUGGCCACUCCUCGCUCGAGCGGAAAGCGAGGAUCUGCUCAUGGAAUACCUGGAGGACGACAAGCCCAUGCACGACUGGCUCAGCGGGAAGACUCAGGACAAGGUGCCAGGGCUGCCACAGCUCGCCCAGCGCUUCCCCGCAUUCAUGGUGAAGAUGGUGACCAGCGGGGUGCUGAAGUGGCGAUGGUACUGGGUCAAGGAGAUUUUGGAGAAGGAUCCCAUGAUGGUGCUGCGCGCCGUGAUCGUCGACGGCCAUGAGCAGGGUUCGGGGCCAAAGACCGGCUAUGCCCCGAAGUCCAAGAACCAGGGCUUCUACUCCACCCUGGCCCACUGGGGCUGGCGACGGCAGCCCGACAUGAUGUUGAAAAUCGUGGCGGAGUUGACCGCGCCAGGUGGCAGCAGGGCGCCAACUGGCACUUUCCGGAGCAAGGGCCGUGGCAAGGGCAUGGUUUUCAUGCAAGGCCGCACGUCUCAGUCGGAUCUUGGCCUCCCUGGUUAUGAGCAAGUGCAGCGGCUGGCCACCGAGCUCAUGAACGUGACCUCCACACGCAACGCCCUCACCAAGAACAAGAAGAUCGCGAUGCUCAUGAAGAUCUGGGACACCCUCCCCGCAACUCAUAAGGUGGCCAAAGUUGCGCACAUGUUCGGAGACCUUCUGCCCAGCUUCAGCACCGAUGAGCACCGCAAGAGUGAGAUCGCCAACCUCAUCGCAGCCUUCUGGAAGAUGCUGCAGGACGUGGGUCGAUCCGACCGACAACACCUGCUGGUGGGCCCCCUGGUGGCUUCGGGGCCACAGGGGGAGAAGAGGCCCACGGGCUGCACCGACUUCUUCAAGCUCUUUAUGAGGCGUUUGCCGUCACCUCUGGCAGUGGAGCAGCUCUUCAAAAUCCUGGACGAGUUUGAGGCCGGCACCCCUGCCUACAAGUUCGUGCAAAGCGACAUUUGCAAGUCCAGCAAUGGUCGGCAUGAUGACCUCAUGCAGAGCGUGUUCAAGAAGUACUUGCUGAAGGAGGACGAGGGCCCAGUGAAGGCUGCCGAGAUGUUCCAGGUCUUGCUUAAGGACGCCCGGUCCCGCGAUAUCAUCCAAACCUCCUACGACAUUCUCCUGGAGCACCUGGAAGACCACUCCGAGCUGGGUCUUCUGCAGUCCGUGGUCCAGCGGAUGGGCGGCUUGGAGCGGCAAGCUCGCACGAAAGGAACCCGAGAGAUCACCCCCGAGGCGACUCUGCCCGUCCCCACGGAGUGGCUGAAGCUGGUGGAGCUGAAGGAGACGGCGCUGCCGCACACGAAGUUCCUGCUGCUGGUUUUGCACACCGGCAUCGGCGAAGCAGAUUUGCUGGGGUCUAUGACGGUCAAGUAUGGCAAGAUCUUCUUCUGGGACAGUUUGGAUCACAUCCUCUCUGCUGCGCAGGGGAAGCUCAUCGAGAAGGCCACUCCCAAGCCAGAUCUCUUGGUGCUCAAGGAUGUGAAUGUCCAGGUCAUCGAGGACGCAGAGAAGAAACUUCCCGGCAAGUCUGGUCGCAAGUCUUCCAAGGGAUCAACUGGAGUCGGGAGCGUGAUCUUCGGAACAGACGGCAGCAAGUGGGGCACAGUUGUGGCAGACGACGGCCGCGUGUGGAAGCUGGACAGCGGCCGUAUUGCCAAGAAGGAGACAGAGGGCGACAAGUGGACCUGGGCCGGUGGUGCAACCACCAAAGGCGAGGAGGGUGCCUGCAAAUAUUUCGCCAGCGUCGCGGACAUGAAGAAGAAGGCCAACGUCAAAGACCCGAGUGCGCGACUGGCAGGUUACUCCGACUUGCUCACCUUGGCUGGCAAGGAGCGCGACGCCGGCAAAGCCUUCGAUGACUUGCUGCCCUUCCUGCUCUCCCGGUUCAAUGCCGAGCAAGAGCAGGGCAGAUCUCACAUUCUCAACGAGGUGCUGGUCAACAAGAAGUUUCCGGAUGACUUGUGGGAGGAGAGACUCGAACACUUGCGGAGCUUCUGGAAGGUCAGCAGCAAAGCACGCGAGAAUGCGAGCUACCAGUGCAGCUGGAACAAGUGCGGGCGGCACCUUGUUCAGAAAGCAUUGGAGAAUUGGGGCAAGCCAGUCAAGGAGGGUGAAGCUGCACCAGAGUAUCCGACUGAAGCCUGCCUUUUCGGCUUGGAGGUGACUGCUGACAUCAACCUCCCAGAGCUCCUGGUGAAGUCUCAUUCCAAGAUCGAGACGCUGAAGGACCUGGAAGCUGCCACACGCUGGGUCUUGGAAACGGCGGUGCCGCUUCAGGGGGAAUCCACCUCCCCUCUGCAGGACUUCUGGGAGGCUUUGAAAACCAUGAGCACCAUCAAGUUCUGCGGAGAAGAUCCCGAUGCCAUCACAUCUUGGAAUGUCUCCCCAAACAAGAACCACCUGAAGGUGCACAAGGAGAAGUCAAGCAGCUCGGCCGAGCUCGGCACCAAGGAAGCAGGCACGGUGGUGCGCGGGAUCCAGCGCGGCAAUUGGCUGGAGCUGGUGGACAGCCAGGGCUUUAUGCUGAUCAUCUCCGAGAAGACAGGCCUGCCGGUCAUGCAGCAAGACUCGGGCAACACUGGGGAGAAGGGCCUCUGGGAAACGUACCCCUUCAUCGGCGAGUGGUGGAAGAAGCUCCUUGCUCAAGGCGUGAAGCAGAAGGGCAUCGAUUUUGUGUUUGUUGGCAUUCUGAACCUCCUUGCUGAGCGCCAGCAUCGUUUCAUCACCGGGGACCGGAAGCUUUCAAAGCGCUGGUGGGCACCCCUCGACUGCAGCGAGUACAAGGAUGCUGUCAGCAACAUCCUGAAGAGCAUCGAGUCAGGGAUCAUCCCUGCCAAGGAGGGGUCGGAGAUGAUUUGCAGGCGAAUCGCGGCACUGAAGGACAUCUCCGUCAUGACCGACAAGGAAUGGAAGGUUCUGGGCACGGCCCGCCGCGAGCGCUGGGAAGACAAGACCGAGAGGCUGAAGAGCGUGGGAAGGCCCCUCGGCGAGCUUAGCUUCCGCCGGCUUCCAGGAAGCGAAUGGGUCUCGAGCGCAUCCUGGGACAUCCAGAAGAACAAAGUGUACAAGCCGCUGCCCUGGCAGACCUACAGAUGCAAGGACACGAUUGCAGCAGCGGAGCUUGCGGCUUUGUCGAAGCUCUUGGAUGCCCCGAACAGGCGCCAGGUCUUAUGGAUGGUCGUUGCCAUUGGUGCCAUGCUCUCGGGCCCUCAGAUCACCAAGCUGCUCGAGGCAAGCAUCGCGACCCUGAACGCUCGGUUCGAGGGAAUGGCCCGCACGGUUGGCAGACACUACCCGUACUUCAACUCUGCCUUGACGAAGAAUGAGACGCUGGAUGGCAGCAGUGAUGUUCUCACACCCCUGAUGGAACUGUUGUUGCUGGAUGACAGCACCCGCGACGGCUUGGUGGAGAAGCUCAUGCAGCGAGAUGACUGCGAGCUCUUCGUGUUCUUUGGCACCAGCUUCUCGCGCCACCUCUGCAACUGCAGGCAGGAGUGGCUUCACAAGUGCAUUGACAAGCUCAAGGCACCAGGUGCGAGCACGGAGUUCUACCACUUCCGAAAGCGAGGGCUCCUGCUGAGCCAAAUUGCCAGGUAUGGAAAGGCAGACCCUGGCUGGCGUGAUGUGAUUGCCUCCAAUCAGAAGAAGGGAGCCGUGCAGACGUACCUGUGGCAUCCGAAGACGCAGACAGAAUUCCUGGAGAAAGCGCUGUGGUCGACGGAGCCAGAGGAGCUUACCUUGAUCCCGCGCUUGGAGUUUGCAGACGGCGUGAGCAAAGUGAGCCAGCUCCUGAGCAUCUAUCCAAAGGAACAGACGACGAAGGACACGGGCUCAGACGCCUGGGGCUGGGAGGUCAUCCAGGCUGCGGGCGCCUACAGCGACCUCAACACCGAGGUUGAGCGCCGAUUUGCGGAGCUGCCGGACCCCAGCUUCUGUGACAAAGUGGACGACCCAGAGGUGGAGACACUCCUCACCGCCUUGGGCCGAUCUGACAACGCAGCUGCUGCCAUGCAAGUUCUGGGGCCCCAUGCAGGCAAGGUGAAGCAGGCAAAGGAGGCUGUGACGAAGAUGAUCGCGCAGCUGAGCCCACCGCAAGCACGAGUGCUGAUCCGCCAAGUGAUGCUGCCAAAGAAAGCAGGCGUCGGGCUGCAAGUGGCAGGUCUGAAGAAGAUCGUGGAUUUGCGAAUUCCUGACCCGUUGGAGCUGUACACGUUCGUCUGGAGGAAAGGGGAGUGCCAGCGAGAUGUGGCAGGCAACAUCCUGUCGAAGGUGGCAACAUCCGGGGAGUUCCGCCCGGAAGAUGUACGCUUCUACUUCGACUACUUCGACCGCACCGACAACCAGGAUGACCAGGCCUAUGUGGCCCAGAUCAUGCUCGACCAGCUUAUCGAGCAGCCCGAGUGGGUGCUGCCCUACCUUCCCAAGGUGGUUUCCAAGUUGGCCAUGGUGCCCGGGGCCACCAACAAGUCGGUUCAGGCCUUGAAGUCCUGCACCUCCAAUGUCACAGACGUCGUAGAGGCGCUGACGCACGUUGUACAAGCUUCUCGGCUGGCGUCCCGAACGGACCCGAAGCACAACAAAGAAGGAACGGACGGGCGCGUGCUGGCCGACCUGAUCUCCAUGAUCUCCUUUGGCCAAUUCACCGAGCUGGUGAACGCCGUCGCGCGAAUGUCAUUGGAGGACUGCGAUUCCGCAACGUUGAAGACAUUCUUGAAGGAGGUCUUCCACAGGUGGGAGGAGGCCGUGGCUGGCAAAGACAGCAACGCAAACGGAUACUUCAGCUGCGCUCUGUCUGCCUGGGUCAAGCUGCUGCGGUCAGGAGAGUACAAUACCUGGGUGACGGAGCUGGCAGAUGUGGAGAAGCGUACCGCGGAGAAGGGCAACGUGGACAGCUGGCGCCAGCUCGCCCAGGCCGUGGCGGGCCAUGCCCCCGACAUUGGCUUGUCUCCUGAUGAAUGGGAUCAGAUGCUGCAAGUUCUUCGGUCAUUCUUCGUCAGAGUACUCGAGGGCCCCCUGCGGGUGAACAGAGAGGCGGCUGAGAAGAAGAUACCCACAGACGACACCUUCAAGAAGGAUAAUGAAGCGCGCGACAAAGUGCGGAAUGACCUGAUCGAGACCCACUGGACGGGAUUGCUGUCACACGGAUGUACUGAAGAUGAGUCCAACGAGCUCUUCAAGCGUUGCCCGGAGAGUCUCAAGAUGAGUGUGGCGAGCAAUUUGGUUGAAGCCUGGCACAAGCGGCAUACUGAAGAUGCCACGCGCGAAAGCAAGGCUGCAGCAUUCCAGCAGGAGCGUCCGGAUGGAGGCUGGAAGCAUACCGGUGGGAAACCCAUCUCUUCAGUCACAGUCGGGUCCAUCGUCAGUGGCAACGUGACCAACUCCUCCAAGGAGUUCGGCGUCUACGUCAACUUCGGCUGUGAGAAAGAUGGGAGGCUCAGUGUCCCCCAAGCCGACUGGAAGAAGUACCGCGUCGGCGACCGCGUCGAGCGCAUGGUGGUGCACAAAGUCAAAGUGGAGCGGAAGUUCGUGGAUCUCCUGGUGGUGGGAUCCAAGGGCCAGUCGAUUGGGCUGGCGGCUUCGAAGCAGGUAGCAGAGCGUGCGCUCAAAUGGAUUGCCUCGUCGCCAGAGCUCCGAAGCACUUUCUGCACCACCAUCCAGAAACUGUGGGCGAAGAUUGUCACUGCUGAUUCGGCUGACAAGUGGGAGGCAAGCCUCCAGCUGCUGGUAGAAGCUCCCACUGCCAAGCAGAGCGUCGAUCUUGUGAACCGCGUAAUCGAGCAGAAGCCGACGACCGACCUCAUGCGGGUUGCUCUCAACUGGCUCAGCAGGAUCUCUGCAGCCGAUGCUGUGCGGUUGUGGCCAAAGCUUCUGCACAACGACGGCCAGACGUGGGUCAACACGGACGACGUCACUGCUUUGCUGAAGCUGUGCGAGACGAACGGCCUGGAGCUGCCAAAGUUCUCGCAGGUGAUUUGCAAGGCCAUGCGCGAGCCAGCCACCGAGGCUCUCAGCAAGUCCCAACUUCCUGAGGCGCGCUUGGCAGCCAUUCACAUCCUGCGUGAACAGCACAAUCAGAAGAGCGGCGCGCCACCCGCUGGGAUCAAUGCGCUCUGCUACGAUCCGGUCCACGUCGUGCGGGCGGCUGCUAGGGAUCAGUGGGUGGCGUUGGGAGGAAAAGACGAAGGAUGGAAAAAGAAGAAAACCGACGAAGAGAAGGAAGGUGAGGAAGAGGACGACGAGUGA